AUGGAGCCAGCGGACAUCAAGGCCUUUCUCUCCUCCUCGGACAACCGCUUCUACCAUGAGAUCCUUGGCAAGACAGAAAAGUUCUUGACGUACCUGCACGAUAAAGAUAUGGCCACAGCUCCGGUUUGGAGGGUGCAAGAGAUGACGCCAGAUGCCCUGAACAGCCGACUGCGGAGCCUCAAGCCAGUUGUCAUGGACCAGACUGUGAGGGAGCCAGCAACAAGCACGCCGUUUGGGCAUACAGGCUACGUGAAAUACCUAACGCUGAAGAUUAUCCAGGCCAUGGGCUUCAAGGACAUCGCGAUAACGGGGCUCUACUACAAGGACUCCUACACCCCCGAGACGCAGGUUCUCGAAGAGCUGCAAGCCCGUGGAGAGAGCAUGGAAGGCAUGGUCGCGAUGUUUGGCCCUGGCGAUGUUGAUCGCAAGGCGGGUCUGGCUGCCGUGAAGGAGUACCGGAUCCCGAACGCUUUCCUGGACCUCACGCUCAAGGCCAGCACGCGCUUCGCCAGCGCUGACUUCGUGCAAUCCGUCUUAGACGCUGUCGGAGAGCUCGACCAGGUCUUUAGUGAGAUGGGCCGACCAAGCAAACCAUGGCGCUCAGACGAUGAAAUCAACAGGAUCAGCGGUGAGGGCGAGAUCUCCCUGAAUCUCGUGGACCUCAUGGGGUUUCUGGAUCUACAGCCUGAUGGAAGGAUGAAUGUUUCUCGCGAGGCGACGGCCAAAAAGGCAUUCAACGCAUGGAAGAACAACGAAGCCUUCAGCAGGAGGGUGGUCGCUAUCCUGACGGAAGAAGGCCGAGGAUGUGCUGGUUACAAAGACUACGGCACACUGGUUAAGUGGCUUCGCCAGUUCUUCCCAGAGGAAGAGAAAUAUCGAAUCUUGGUCCAUGCCCAUGGAGGGAAUGGUAACACUCAAGAUGCGGCCAGUGUUGAGAGCGUGUUCAAAGGGGCAAAUGGGGUGUGGUCCGCACUGAUACCGCAAGCUGCCCAGCAGGGCCACAACUCCUCCUUGGUGUUUCUGGACAACCUGCUCUCGCUUGGGAACCAGAACGUGUUGGAGGACUUUUGGCUGCAUCAAGCAGCCCAGUGUGCACGGCACUGCUACUUCCUCAACUUCAACAGCUUCCAGAUCCCAGAUGAUUGUCCAAUCUGGGGGGGUCGUCCUCCGCAACUCCUCCACACGGCAUUCUCUACCGUCUCUGGGGAAGAGUGGCGAAAGCGACGGGGUGACUACUACAACACGUGGGCGGAUGAUGCCAAAGUCGCGUUCAGGCAGUAUACCAAGAGCCAGCUGGCCAGGGAGGUAGCACGUCUCCGUGCGGAGCGCAGCAAUCAGGGUAACUACCGAUUGUCUCCCCUGGUUUCCGACCUUGAAGUCUGGCGCAACAGGCUGCAGGAGGCUCAAGUCUUAGAUGUACGAGAGAGGGCAGGGAACUUCCACGAGGAAGUUCGUUCUUUGGCCUUCGCGUUGAUGAAUGCAAACAUCCGCGCCAAUUUCGACGAGGCGGUGACCUUGAAGGAGCUGGUGCGCAUCGUCCGGGCCAGGAAGCAGCAGAAGGAGCGCUUCCCGAAGGUUGACAACUACGAGAAGGCCAAGCAGCAUCAGGGCGACAACGAGUGA